CCCAUGGGCCGGGCUCGAUCUGCUGUGGUCCACACCAGCUUCUGUCCUUCUCGGUUGCUGGUUGCAGACGCCAAAGCUCCCGGUUCCGUUCUCUCGUCGUCCCGCCCCCCAGCAGCCCUGCUCCACCUCUCCAUCCCCGCGCCAACGCGUAUCCAACAAGGGAUCGACCGAUUGGCGAUCGGGGCCUUCCCUCAGCCACAGCCCACGCCGUUGAACGGCCGGAGAUCUGGUACCCCCAUCCCCACUCCCUCUCGCCGGACAGCUGCAGAUCCGGUCAAGCCGAUACGAUUCGUAUUCGGUGGUAGCAGAGGAGGAAGACGCGGGCCGAUCAAUCGAUCGGGAGAGAUGCGGCAGCAGCGGGGCGGGGUCGGGGUCGGGGCCGGGAGGAGGGGGGACGACCCGGGGCUCCUCACGAGGGCCGUCGACAGGGUGUUCCGCUUCGUCCGCCUCGCCGAGUUCGAGAUCUUCUUCGUCCUCUUCUUCCUCAUCGCCUUCUUCCUCUUCAAGAACCUCAUGUCACGGCCUGAAUACAAUCAGCUAUUUGUCAAGAAGCCCGAUCUAGAUGACCCCUGGCCUUAGAGAGUACAGAACUACAGAUGUAUAAGUUGUAGCCCGGUCUUUCCUUUGAGUUGUGAUGCAAGUACAUUCUUCUUGGAAGCCCUGCGUGGCUGCCCCCCUUUUAUUGUCAGGAGCAUGUUUUAUGAUUACUUAGAGUGUCUCUCCAGUGACGAUGAACAUAUUUAGCUAGCCAUUCUCUUCACUUAAAGAUGAAAAUUUUCAUGUCAACAUUUCUUUGCGGCGGUACUGAGGUUGAUGCCAGAAGUUAUUGUUCA